AAAAAAAUGUAUUGAAUAUUUUAGGAUCUACAGCUGCAAUUAAUAAAUUAGUCGAUAUUUUACAACUUCGAGAUGAUAAAAUUCGAAAUCGUUUUGUAGUAUUUUUCGUUCGAAUUCCUAAUAACAAACAAGGUCAUCUUGAUCAAAAUAUUCUAAAAGAACAAUUAAUACAUUAUCGUGAUGAAGCAAGAAAAUCAAUUAUUUGUACAUUUAGUGCAGCAAGUAAUGUUACUGGUAUUCAAGCCGAUGUAAAUCAUAUUUCAGAAUUAGUACAUGACUAUGGUGGUUGGAUUCUUUGGGAUUAUGCUGCAGCAGCUCCUUAUGUUCAUAUUGAUAUGAAUCCAUCGAUAAAAGCUGCUAAAGAUGCAGUGUUUAUUUCUACACAUAAAUUCGUCGGUGGACCAGGCGCACCAGGCCUUUUAAUUGCAAAAAAGCAACUGUUUUCUAAUCGUGUACCUACGGAUUGUGGUGGUGGUACAGUCAAUUUUGUUACUCGAAUAGCUACAGAAUAUAUAAAAGAUAUUGAAACACGAGAAGAAGGUGGAACACCGAAUAUUCUUGGCUCUAUUCGUGCUGGUCUAGUUUUUCAUUUAAAACAAUCUGUUGGUCAAGAAUUGAUUGAUACACGUGAAGUUGAAUUAGUAAAAAAAUUUUUUCAACGUUUUCAAAAUCAUUCAACAUUAUUUAUUCUUGGUCCACUUGAUGUUUCUCGUCUAGCAAUCUUUGCCUUUCUUAUAUAUGUACCAUCAAUUGGCAAAUAUUUACAUCAUAAUUUUAUUUGUUCAUUAUUGAAUGAUUUAUUUGGAAUUCAAGUACGAUCAGGAUGUUCAUGUGCUGGACCAUAUGUUUUAGAUCUAUUAGAAAUUGAUGAUGAAAAGGCAGAGAUUUUUACCAAGUUUAUUACUGAAGACUCAGAACAUCGACUUGAUAAAGAUAAUGAUGAAAUUCCUCAUAAUGCAUUGAUGAAACCAGGUUUUACUCGUUUAAAUUUAUCGUAUUUUUCUAAUGAUGAAGAAAUAAAUUAUAUUCUUGAUGCAGUCGAAUUUCUUGCUAGUGAUGGUUGGAGAUUUCUUCCAUUAUAUACAUACAAUCAAGAAAAUGCUGUUUGGCGUCCUCGACAUCUAUCUAUGGAAAAUCAUUCCAAUGCAUAUCAUAGUCUUCAAAUGAUUAAUUAUCAGAAUGGUACUAUGGAACAAAUUAAUUCUGUGAACAAUACAUUACAAAACAUUGAUCAUCAAUUGCCAUUAGUUAAUUUGUCUUUGCCAUUAACAGAUGAUCCUUUUGAUCAAGCCAAAUCAAUAUCGAAAAAAAUGCCAAAACACGUUUUUGAAAAUAUAGAUUUUCGAACAGAUGUUCCAUUGAAUAUUCCGAAGAAAUAUCAAGAUUUCAUUUGAAUUUUUCCACUGUGUUAUAAAAGUCGAACUUGUUGUCGAUGUCCAUCGCCUUAUUUAUUUUGUCUUCCAGUUAUUUGUAUUCUUCUUGGUGGAGUUAUUGCUGCCAUCUGUCUCACAUUAUUCAAGACAUCAGCAAUAACAACGUCAACCACAACGACAACUACUACCACAGCCACAACAACAACAUCAACAACUUCGACAACAUCAACAACAACUUCAACAACAACCACUUCAACAACAUCAACAACAACUUCAACGUCAACAACAUCAACAACAACAACAUCAACAACGUCAACAACAUCAACAACAACAACAACAACAACAACAUCAACAGCUACAACAAGAACAACAUCAACGACAACUUCAACAACAUCAAAAACUACUACCUCAAUAACAACGAUCAAUUGUGUUUCACCAUAUGUUCGUACUCCGUCACAAACUUGUGUUAAUAUAAUGAUCGAUUUUUACAACUGUGGUGCAGUUGGUUACGUUUGUGCAUCUACUUAUACAAGUUGCUCAGCUGGCGUAUGCAGUACAGCUCCUGCUAUUCAACUAGCAAAUCCAAAUACUAUUUGGUCAUCUCCUACUGAUGGAUCGGUCGAUGAUGAUAUGCUUGGCGUUAGUCUUCCAUUCAGUAUUACUCUUUAUGGCACGACAAGAAAUUAUGUUACAGUAACAACAAAUGGUACAAGAAAUCCUCCAACUCUAUAUCCGUUACGUAAUAUGUAA